GUUCGUUGUCAAACUUGUCAACGAUAUGGCUGAAACAAACCAAGGAGGUAUUCAGGGGAUUUUCAAACUCAGUACCCGUCCACAACAAGAAGUCGUAAACAGACAUGACCUGAGUAUGGCCCUUGAACCGGAUGGCUUGAGUACUCGCGUUUACAUUGGUGAAUGUACAAAUUGUCAGAUGACAUUGGCUAAGAAAGCCGCGAAUAUUUUGAUUGAGAAUUGUAAAGAUCUUGUGCUGACAAUGUCCGCCCAAUUGGUGUCUGGUACACUAGAAAUUGCCAAAAGUUCAAACAUCCUCGUAAAAAUAUCACCCAACAUCAAGAUUCCAACAGUGACAGCUGACAGCACAACAGGACUGAAGAUCAUCAUGUUGGAGAAUGAAGAUCAAAUAGAAAAUUUAUAUUUUCAUAGGUCUUCAAACUUGCUCCUUGUCCAAGGAGAAGGCCUUGAAAGAAAGGAGUACAUUGCUUUGCCACCUUCCAAUGCUCCCGAGGAUCUUCAGUUUAUUUCAUUCUGGGAAAAGGGUGAGAAUGGGAUCGAACUCAAGACAGAAAAAGUGGUUCGAGAGGGUGUAUUUCCAAAAUCCGAAGGAGAAUUCCUCAAAGCCAAGGAAAGAGAUCGAAAGAAUGCAGAAAUGGCUUUUAACUUCUUGGAAAGCCAAAUUAAGAUUGCCAUGAAGAAAUAACAUUCUGUUAACUUGCACGAUCAAGGCUCUGGUUAAUAAUUUUUAUCACACAUCACCAUAAAUAUUGAAGUGAAUAUAAUCAUGUAGUACUAGCUAAUUUAGUAGACAAACACAUAAAAGAUUAUGUACAUCCAAAGUUAACAGUUUGAUUGUUUGAGAUUUCAUUACUCAUUAGAAAGAUCAAUUUGCAAUACUUCAAGUAAAUUUCAUAUUAAAAAUAUCACUGUAUGUUGCAUUUUUAAUAAAUCACAAAUGCACAA